UCUGGCUUAGUUUUAGAGUUACAGGUAUUAAAAGUUGCCUUAUUUAUGAAAAAAUGUAAUACAGGUAAACAGGUAGUUACAAUUAUAUUAUUUUAUAAAGCUAAUAUAAUAAAUUAUUAUUGGUAUUUACCAAAAUAGUAGCAUCAUUAAUGGUGGAACACAAACACAAACCCAUAAUAUUAAGAUUAAAUUCAUCAUAUUAAAUAUAUACAAAUAAUGUGUAUUUAAUUAUCAUAAUAUCAAGAAAAAAAAAAGAUAAAAUAUUAUAGAUAGGUACUAUUUUCUCCGAUAGCAAAAUGCAUGAUCGUCAUUACGAUCGAUUACUUAGUCGAGUUAAACUAAAGUAUUUUGUUGUUCAGUUUUAAUUUUAUUUUGUUAAAAAUUUAAAAUGACAUCGAUCAUUGAAAUUUAUGAAAUAUUCGAACAUAAAACGAGUGGCCAUCUGUCCAUGUCGGUUAUAAGUGUUUUACAGUCCUGGGGCCUUAUUGCAAAAAAUAAUGUCAUAAAAUGUAAUAAAGGACACUUUUUAGAAUUGUGUCCUAGCACAGCUUAUUGUGACGGUGUUGUUUGGCGAUGCAAACAAACAUAUAUCAACAGCAGCAAAAAGAAAGUGAAGUGCAAUUUUUACCAAUCAAUCCGAAAGUGCACUUUUUUUUCAAAGUCCCACUUGUCUAUAUAUCAAAUUGUGACAUUCGCGUAUUUGUGGACCGAAAAAGUGUCACUAGAAUUUAUUCGUAAUCAACUUAAAAUAGCUCGGCAAUCAUCUGUUGAUUGGGCCUCGUUCCACCGAGAAGUCGUAUUUGACGGUAUGAUACUACGACACCAAAAAAUCGGUGGACCGGGGUUAAUUGUUGAAAUUGAUGAAUCCAAAUUCGGAAGGCGAAAAUACCACAGAGGACAUCGCGUUGAAGGCCAGUGGGUAUUUGGUGGAGUUGAACGCGAAACGGGUCGUUGUUUUCUCGUACCGGUAGAGAAGCGUGACAAAGACACUAUUAUGUUUGCACAUAUUUAGACAGACACGCGGGGAGCAGCGGACGACAAGACAACUUACAGCGGGUACGAUUUAAUUAAGACUGUUUAUUAUAAUAUGAAACGGCUAUCGCAGUAUCGCGCGGUCGUCGAUACCGAUUACAUAAUAGUAUAAAUAUUAAUUAGGUAGGUAACAUACAUAUCAUUAUUCCUCCUUAAAAAUAAUAAUAAUAAUCUAAUAACAUUUUAUAAUUCAAUUACUUUUGCUUUCACAUUCUUAUUAUACUGAAACAACAUAUUAUAAUUGUACACAUAAUAAUUAC